AGUCCCUAUCGUGACGCAUCUCCAACAUAGGGAAAAAGCGUCCUCUUAUGAAGCCUUCUAUUUGCUAACCUUGAGGAGAGGUGAAUUCCUUCUUCUGGUCUAGCACCCAACAAAACUAACACAAUAAUUAGUUUGUAGCUGUUAGGGUUGCUUAGCAUGUGUCAUAAGGGCUCUCGAUAUGCCACUUUAAUUAGGCUGGUAGGAGAGCUUCAAUGGCUAGCAUCGCGCUAACACUAGCUAGCUAACUAAGGGGGAACCGAAUCGAUACCACUUCGGGAAACCUUAUCAUAGUAGACCUGCAUUCAUCCGAUAAGACAGCUGUCCGCAAAGCAAAGACUGGCAGCGGACCCUUAAAUUGGAAAGACACUGUCCCAAGAGUGCGCCAUAAAAGCCUGUUACAUCAAAUUUCAGGCGACCGUUAAAGAUGAAGACCGCUGUGAGAAAGUAGGAGGAAGGAGUUAUCUACAAGAGUCAUGAAUCUUCAUCAGGUCCUCACAGGGGCAGUUAACCCCGGAGACAAUUGUUUCUCUGUAGGGAGCGUCAACAAUGUACCAUUCACGGCCUAUGCUUCUGGCUGUGACGUGGUCAUUUUGAGCAGCGAUUUUGAACGACUACAGAUCAUCCCAGGCGCCAAACAUGGCAACAUCCAGGUGGGAUGCAUCGACUGCUCGCUGCAAGGAGGACAGAUUGCAGCUUCCUAUGGAAGCAUGGUAUGCAUUUUUGAGCCUGUUCAGCAUCGGGAUCCAAAAGACAAAUCUUUGACAAAGUUGAACUGCCAGUGGGAGAAGACUGGGCAAUUUGUUUUGCAGUCGAUAGUGCGCAAUCUAGCAUGGCAUCCCAAAGGGAGCAUGCUAUUAACUGGCACCAAUUGCCUGCAGUUAUGGUCUCAUUGUGAUGGAGAAAAAGACUCUGAAGCAGGAGAGCUGUCAGAAAGAAAAUCUCAUUGUAGUUGGACGUGCAUCUGGCAAAGCAAGACCGCCUCUCCUGUGAGUUUAAUGAGGUUUUCUCCUGACGGAGAAUUCUUUGCUACUGCUGGUCAGGAUGACUGCUUGGUAAAGGUGUGGUACAGCACAAGUAAGUGGAAAUGUGGGAUAUUCAGGCUUUUCAGCCCUUCAGAAUCCAGUGUCGACCUCCAGGGAGAGAUUGCCUUUUCCUUUGUGUACCUGGCCCAUCCACGUUCAGUUAUUGGCUUCUCUUGGAGGAAGACCAGCAAAUACAUGCCACGUGGUUCAGUGUGUAAUGUCCUGCUCACCAGCUGUAAGGACAGCGUGUGUCGGCUUUGGGCGGAGACGCUGUUGCCAGGUGACAGCCUCCUAUCUGGUCAGCAUAGCAACCAACAUGGUGAUACUACUAGCUCGUCCAGUAUCUGCAAUGGGAAGAUGCAAGCGCAGGAUCCUCCCUUUCAUCGGGAUGUUCCACAGCCCUCGCUCAGUGGCUGCUUCCCCCACAAUCAAAACCGACACUACAACCACAAAAAGAGCAGCAACAACCUUCCCCAUGCCAACGCGCUCUGUCACUUUCAUAUCGCUGCCAGCAUCAACCCUGCCACAGACAUUCCACUGCUUCCCUCUAUAUCUUCCCUAAAUGCAGUGGAGGAUGAGGACCCUGGAGGUUUUUUCACUGUCCAUUGGCUUAACAACAAAGAGCUUCAUUUAACUUUAGCUAUGGAAGUCUUCCUGCAGCAGCUCCGCGGCAACUUGGAGCAACAGAACGAAUGCUCCCUGGAAGGUACAGAAAUCUAUUCAAAUUGUUUGGUCCCAAGCCUCCAUUUUAAGGAUUAUGUUCAUUCCAAACUGUUGUUCAUCCUUCCAGAUGCUGACAACAAGGAUAAUUUUGAUGAAGAAGACGACAGGACAAGCGACUCUCAAAAACCUGAUGCCCAGGACCUCCCGCUAACCGCAGUGGAACACCAUGUGGAUGUGCUUCUGGGCGAGUGGAACAAAGGAGCGGACAUGCUGUUCAGCAUCCAUCCAAUGGAUGGCUCCUUGUUGGUCUGGAAUGUGGACUGGUUGGAUGAAUAUCAUCCCGGAAUGUUUAGACAAGCACAGGUGUCAUUUGUGUCUCGUAUCCCUGUGGCGUUUCCUGCAGGGGAUGCAAUCUCCCUCAGUCACAGUGUGGUCAUGUAUGCUUGCAACAAGAACGUGGACCUGGCCCUCCAGCACGGCAGGCAAAGACCCCCUGGAAACACGUUACCCAAAUCUGCGCUUAUUAGUUAUGGCCGUCAAAUAAAAGCCGCCUCCAGCAGCAGUCUUCGCCUGAGCAUUUUCACCCCUAACGUGCUCAUGAUCUCCAAGCACGAUGAUGGCUCCCUUAAUCAGUGGGCAGUAAGUUUUGUGGAGGACUCCGCUUUCUCCACUGUGCUCAGUGUGUCCCACAAGUCAAGAUACUGUGGUCACCGCUUCCACCUAAACGACCUGGCCUGCCACUCACUUCUGCCUCUGCUCCUUACCACCUCACACCACAAUGCGCUGAGGUCCCCCGAGGUGGACAGCAUCCUUGCGGCCCCAAAGGUCUUCUCUGGGCUCCCUACUUCCCACGGCUCUCGACCCAGUCGAUUGUCUCUGGCUGGGGUUUCACAAGACCCCAAUGCUAUCUACAGCGAGCUGAUAUUGUGGAGGGUCGACCCUGUGGGGCCCCUGUCUCUGUCAGGCGGGGUGUCCGAGUUGGCCCGGAUCAAUUCUCUUCAUGCCUCAGCUUUCGACAAUGUAGCCUGGCUACCCACACUCAUCCCCAGCAGCUGUUUAGGUGUAUAUUGUAACUCUCCCAGCGCCUGCUUUGUCGCAAGUGAUGGCCACUCACUCAGGCUUUAUCAGGCUGUGAUUGAAGCCAAGAAACUACUCAGCGAGCUCUCUAAUCCUGAGAUAUCAAAAUAUGUUGGCGAGGUGUUCAACAUUGUCAGUCAGCAGUCCACAGCAAAGCCAGGAUGUGUCAUUGAGCUGGAUGCUGUUACCGACUUUCAGGGAAAGGAGACGCAGCUCCUCCAUGUGUUUGAGGAGGAUCUAAUCCUUGGCAAUAAAAGACCCAACACAGCGCAUGAAUUGUUGGAUGCAUCUCAAUGUGCACCUAGCAAGCCCACCUUCGCUGCAAGCUUCUUCCUUGUGGUUGUUGAAUUAACCCCAAGUGGUCGCUCGCUGCUACAAAUGUGGCAUCUUCAUCUUGCUGCUAAACCUGUCACCAUGGAGGAGAAAUUCUCGCCCAAAGAUGCCCUCACAGAUACUUCCACUGCCUACUCUCAGUUUAACGUUGAUACCUUCGGUUCACCAGUAUCUCAAAAGACUAAACCCUGUACAUCCAAUCUGCAGAGCGCCUGUCGCCUCAGCCUCACCACACAGCGGCUCUAUAGCCAGGAGUUACCCCUGCCAGCAGGAGUGGAGGCCGUCAGCAUUACGCCCUCUGCAGGUCACCUCAGUGCAUCAUGUUCCUUGCCAGCUGGCCGUGUACCAUACCUCCUUGCUACUUCCUGUUCAGACGGGAAGGUGCGAUUCUGGAUGUGUAACGUCACGCCGUCGGAGACCCCCAGUGGUGACAAGUUGGUGUAUCAGUGGGAGGAGUGGCCUCUCCUCGUGGAGGAAAAGGUUCCCAAUUGUAGUGCCGUUAGCGUACCGGGUCGUCCCAUCCAAGUCAGCUGCUGUCACACAGGGAGGAUUGCAGUUGCCUACAGGCAGACAAUGACAGACAAUCCUCUGAACGCAACACCUCAGCUAAGCUCUCACAUGCGGCUGACUUCUCCUCCGACACUAGCUUCCUCACCUUACUUGUACCCCCACUACAGCAACGCCAGCCAGCACGUCCCUCCGACCCUGACAGUGCAGCACAGCCCUAGUCUGUCCUCAGACCCUUCUCUAGCAAACAAGAGGGAACAGCUGGUCUACAUCAGCAUCUUUCAAUGCGAGUCCACGGGUGGUUCACAGUGGAUCCUAGAGCAAACUAUAGUUCUGGACAAAGCAAAUCCUGCAGCUAGCUGUGGUGUUAGCAACAGCACAACUCAAUGUAGCAACAUUAACUUUUCUUUGCCAAAUGAGCACUGCCUUGGUUCUUCUCACAAGAGUCUGGUUCAUUUAGACUGGGUUUCCCAGGAGGAUGGGUCACAUAUUCUGACAGUUGGCAUCGGGACAAAGAUUUAUAUGUACGGCCGUCUCUCUGGCAAGCCUCCCGAACUGAGCCUUUCAUCUGAUGCCAGUAGAGACCAAAGCUUGUCCAGCCUGGUUCUACUUAGAUCUGUCGACCUGGUCUCCUCUGUUGAAGGCUCACUGCCCAUCCCCGUCUCCCUCUCCUGGGUGCGUGAUGGCAUCUUGGUGGUAGGCAUGGACUGUGAGAUGCAUGUGUACUCCCAGUGGCAGCCCCCAGCACCUGCCAAACCCAAUGCAGCCAUUGAUGCAGACAUUUGCAGCAGUGUGUCCUCCAUAGUCUCUGCGGUCAGACAAAGCCAGGAGGAGUAUUUCACUCUUGGGCCUCCAACUUCCUUACUGGCUCCUCCUAAAAAGGCCCUUACGAGGUCAAUGAUGAGCCUGGCUCAGAAACUUAGUGGAAAAAGAACAGCCUAUGAUCUGCCCGUGGAGAUGGAAGAUUCUGGACUGUUUGAAGCAGCUCAUCAACUCUUUCCCACACUGCCCCAGUACCACCCAGUACAAUUACUAGAGCUUAUGGAUUUGGGGAAGGUUCGCCGUGCCAAAGCUAUUCUUUCCCACCUAGUGAAAUGCAUUGCUGGAGAAAUAGUGGCUCUGAAAGACAAUGCCACCAAUCCAGAGAAACGCGUCCGCUCUCGGACCAUCAGUGCAGGAGGCAGCAUGGCCAGGGAACGAAAAAUGUUUGGCAAAGAAGAGAACUCCACCCCAGAUUAUACGGAGAUCAGCUCCAUUCCUCCUCUACCUCUCUAUGCCCUUAUCGCAGCCGAUGAAGAUGCGCCCCCAAAGCCUGAAAAGGUCGGCAGUGUGAGUGGUGACAGUGGGCAUGGAUCCAGUCAUACAGAUGCUUAUGAUGAGUUAUUUCACACACCCAGCAUGGUGGACUUAGACACUCUGGAACAAGAUGAGCAAGAAGAAACGGGGAACAAGGUAAUCGACUUGUCCCAGUACAGCCCCACAUACUUUGGCCCAGAGCACGCCCAGGUUUUGUCCAGUCAUCUCCUCCAUUCCAGUUUACCAGGCUUAACUCGUAUGGAGCAGAUGUCUCUCAUGGCACUUGCUGACACCAUUGCUACCACCAGCACAGACCUGAAAGACAACCAGGGCAAGAGCAAAGGUGGAGAGACACUGGACGAGUGCGGCCUGAAGUUUUUGCUUGCUGUGAGACUACACACCUUCCUCUCUACCUCUCUCCCGCCGGCACACCGAGCACAGUUGCUACGGCAAGGCCUCUCAACGUGUCACUAUGCCUGGGCUUUCCACUCUGAAGCUGAAGAGGAGCUGCUUCACGUGCUACCCACACUCCAGAAAGGGGAGCCCACUUGGCCUGAGCUACGCUCUAUGGGUGUUGGAUGGUGGCUGAGGAGCACCAACAAACUUCGCAAAUGCAUUGAAAGGGUUGCUAAGGCCUCCUUUCAGAGAAGUAAUGAUCCUCUGGAUGCUGCCAUAUUUUACCUAGCAAUGAAAAAGAAGGCGGUGGUUUGGGGACUGUACAGAGCUCAGAAGAAUUCCAAAAUGACAGAAUUUUUCCACAACAAUUUCAGUGAAGACCGAUGGCGAAAAGCAGCACUGAAAAAUGCAUUCUCUCUGCUGGGGAAGCAGCGAUUUCAUCAUUCUGCAGCAUUUUUCCUAUUAGCUGGCUCCCUGAAGGAUGCAGUAGAGGUGUGUGUAGAGAAACUGCAGGACCUUCAACUAGCUCUUGUGAUAUCCAGACUAUACGAGUCAGAGUUUGAGACGGCAUCCACUUACAAAAAGAUCCUCCAGAGACAUGUGCUGGGACACGAUAAACAGAUACGGAUGCAUCAAGAUCCAUUCUUGCGGAGCAUGGCCCACUGGGUCAUGGAGGACUACAGCAAAGCCCUGGACACUCUGCUGCAGCGGACUGCCAAUAAAACCAAGUCUGGGGCUACUGAUGCUGGUUCCUUGUCCGUGUCCUCAAAUAAUGCUGAGGUUUUCAACUUCUACACUUACCUCUGUACCCACCCUCUUCUCCUCCGUCGACAUUUUGGCUCCUCCGAUAAGGCCAAAGUCGCUCUGACCGCUGAGGGUCGCAGGGCUGAUUCCAUUAGCCUUGAAGAGAGAAGACUGUUUUUCACUGCUGCAUACGCGCACUUGCAAGCGGGCUGCCCAAUGCUGGCACUCGAAGUCCUUUCCAAGAUGCCCAAAGUCCGCAAAAGCACCAACCAGGAGGCGGACGACCUCAGCGCUGGUAGUAAAAACAGGCUAACAUCAGAGCCGGACUGGUCUGAGUGUACACUGAAUGGCUAUGAGUCGGGUGGGGACAGCAUAUCUAACAGCCAGUCGGAUUCACUUUUGAGUUUCGACUGGAGCCAGCCAUCGAUGACGCUUCCAGAUGAGCCUCUGGACCUGAAGUGGGACAGCGACAAAGAUGACGAAGACAAUGAAAAUGAUGAAGGAGAAACUAAAAAUAAUCAAAAUGUCAGAUCUGCAGACAACGUGUUUCACGAUACACAGGACACCUUGCUGCCUCUAAUAGAGGCCAUCACAGAGGAGGGUAAUGUGGACAGCAGCGAUUUCAUUGACCCUUCUGAUGACAUCUUGGUAGCCCAGCUGAAGUUUACUACAUGCUUGAAGAUUUUGACCAAUGAGCUCAGGACACUAUCAACAGGGUAUGAACUGGAUGGAGGAAAGCUACGUUACCAGCUAUACCAAUGGCUUGAAAGAGAGGUGGUGACCCUCCAGCACUGUUGCAAUUACAAGCCCUGUCUUCCAGAGGUGCCUGUCCAAGAUGAUGCACUUGUCUCCGGAUUGGUGGAGAAUGAACUGGCGACGAGUCCCUGUAGUGACAUUCAAAGGAGCAGGAGACAUUGGCUGAAAAGUAACCAGUCCUUACUGAGAAUGUUCCUAAGCUACUGCAGCUUGCACGGCUCCCAUGGUGGGGGACUGGCCUCUGUUCGCAUGGAGCUAAUUUUAUUACUUCAAGAAUCUCACCAGGACAACUGCACUUCGUCAGCUGUGACAACAUGCUCCCAGCACACGUCCAUCCCUCUCCUGAUGGCGUGCACUGCCAAUGUGAAGACAGUGGUGGCCAAUCCUAUCGUCCACCUGACCAACCUGACUCAGGACAUCUUGCAGACCAUCAACUCGCUCAACUCUCCUCCACAUCCUGAUGUUGUUAACAAUGAGAUAUAUGUGAUGCACACACUGGCUGCCUCUUUGUCCGCCUGCAUAUACCAGUGUCUCUGUGAUGGACACUCACAAAGUCACAUGAACAACUUUACGGGGAUGGUCUAUCAGAGCGUUUUGCUCUCUCAAAAGCAGCCAGCAAAAAACACCAGCGUGGAUGAGUCUGUUCAGCCAAACACUUCUCCUGCACAGUGGCCAGGUAUAACCUCCAUGAUCCGUCUGUUGGGCUCAGCAGGUGAGGAGAGUCAGCCGAGCCUCGCCGUGCUGCUCUGUGAGAUCCUGACGGCUGUUUACCUCAGUCUGUUUGUUCACGGCAUGGCCACUCACUCAAGCAAUGAGCUCUUUCGCAUCGUGGCCCACCCUCUCAGCAGCAAGCUAUGGUUGACUGUGUUUGGAGGAGGCGCAAGAGCUCCCGUCACUGAGAAAGCUAACAGUCCGGCAAACACACCCCCACCAGUUUCACCAGGCGUAGACACCACCGAAAGAAAAACCAGACGAUUCCGGCUGCUGUCAUCACGCAGCGCAUCGAGGGAAGAGUCCAGUACAGAGAGGGACCCCCCUUCCAGUCCCAAGGCAGAGCCCGUUGUAGACCAGGAAGCCACUUCCAUUUUCAAAGAAUGUUUUGUUCCACCGAAGCUCAGCAUUUGGGAUUACUUCAUCGCUAAGCCAUUCCUGCCACCAUCAGAAAACAGAGUUGAAUACGAUUCAGAAGAGAGUCAUGACAGCAAAGAUGAAGAGGAGGAUGAAUAUGAUGAUAUAUUUGAUCCGAAUUCUCCUCAAAAAGAGCAUACUAACUACAAUUCAUACAGUUGGUGUUUAAUGCGCUUGGCAAUGGUUCAGCUGGUAUUAGUCAACCUCAAGUCAUUCUACCCGAUGGCAGGAUAUGAUCUAUUGGACCUCCCUGUGGGCUCCCCGCUGUGUCACAGUGUGCUGAAGACGUUACAACGUUGGGAGCAGGUGCUGCAGAAAAGACUGGAGAUCUUUGGUGGGCCUCCCUCUAAAUACAUCUCCACGCACAUUCAGGAUGAAGCGGUCACGCCUGGCCCUGCCAUUCUAAGGCACAAGGCCCUGUUUGAACCAUCCAAUACACCAUUCAGGACAAGCCACCAUUCAGCGUUGCCUGUCAAGCGUCUUUGGCAGUUCCUGGUAAAGCAGGACGAAGUGCAGGAAACGUUUAUCAAAAACAUUUUCACCAAGAAACGAGACGCAAGUGAGUCGGUUGAUGACCAGACUGAUAUGAAAUGUUCAGGGAUGGACGAGACAGGACACCAUCAGACUGAAUCAGAUCUGGGCUGCCCAGCAAGCAAGGCGCGCAUCAUUCACAAGGAGUCAGACAUCAUCACAGCCUUUGCCAUCAACAAGGCAAAUCGUAAUUGCUUAGUCAUGGCCUCUACACAUGACAUUCAGGAAUUAGAUGUGUCAUCCAUCUUGGCCACACAGAUCUUGACGUGGAUCGAUGAUGAGGAGGUUGAAACUAAAGGAGUGGGAACUGAUGACUUCCUGGUGGUUCAUGCCCGUGAUGACUUCGCCUCACUCCAUGGCACCACGCCGUACACUCACAGCAUCCCUGGCACGCCUAUCAACAUGCCGUGGCUGGGAGGCCAUCAGACAGGCCGAGGAGCUUCUGUGAUGAUCAAAAGAAAUAUCAACAAUGUGAGAAGAAUGACCUCCCAUCCCACGCUGCCGUACUACUUGACGGGGGCUCAAGAUGGAAGCGUGCGGAUGUUUGAGUGGGGUCACUCCCAACAGAUCAUCUGCUUCAGAAGUCCAGGCAACUCUAGAGUGACCAGGAUACGCUUCAACCACCAAGGAAAUAAGUUUGGAAUUGUGGACGCUGAUGGCGGUUUGAGUCUCUGGCAGACCCACACAAAUGGAGCCGCUCCCAAGCCCUAUCUGACGCUGCAGUGCCACAACAAGACCGCUCAUGAUUUUGUCUUUGUGGGCUCCUCUUCCCUCAUCGCCACUGCGGGUCUGUCCACAGACAACCGGAAUGUGUGUUUGUGGGACACUCUGGUCACUCCCGCUAACAGCCUCGCCUACGCCUUUUGCUGCCACGAGUCCGGUGCCACCGUGCUUUUAAUGGCGCCAAGGCACCAGCUGCUCAUCUCGGGCGGGAGAAAGGGCUGGAUCAGCGUCCUGGAGCUCCCUCACCGACACCAACGGCAGAGUUUCCAGGCCCAUGACUCGCCUGUCAAAGCGCUCGCCGUCGACCCGACUGAAGACUGCUUUAUCAGCGGUUCCGCCGAAGGCAGCAUUAAGGUGUGGAACGUGGCCACGCAGUGUGUGCUCUACUGCUUCCCCAGCGAACACGCCCGCCAGUCGCUCUUCAGAAACCUGGGCACGGGCGUCAUGCAGAUCGAGGCGGGUCCGGCCAAUCACAUCUUCUCCUGUGGCGCCGACGGCACCAUGAAGAUGAGGAUCCUUCCCAACCGCUUCAGUGCCAACAACAACAACAACAACCACCACCGCCAUCACCAAGGCAACCUCAAGAGCGACGACAAGUGCACCUUGUAGAACUUCCGGUCCUUGGCUCACCAGCUGGAGUGUACUCGGAAAGCCCGAAUGGACACAGGGUGUUUUUUUCCGACAGGAAUUAAAACCGCCAUGUUGGCGAGCGGCAGGAGGUAAGAGUAUCUUCUUCUUCUUCGCUCACAUUGAUGGCUCCUAACAAUCACCACAGGUGCUCCCUGAGGUGCUUUAAAAGAAGCCUGUCGUACAUUCCCCACGCGUUUGGCGUGUAAAGCACAUCGGGACUGCGGGGAGAAGUAGAAACCACUUUCCUGCGCUGUUUAUCAGGAGCAGGUAGUACUUGCACCACUGGAGUCCCCCGACUAAACCUUGUAUUGUCUCAUGUUGUACACCACAACACACGAGGAAGACAUUUUAUUUCAUCAAUAAAAUUGAAUUAAUCGACUCCGUUUGGGAAAGUCUAGUGCACUAAGUCAGUACUAAGUGUGCACUAAGUCAGUAGUCCCGGCUGCACAAAUAACCUUUAUAUUAUUAUUCCCCUCAUGUCAGUCAUGUCGUUGUUUGCACAUGAAGGUGAAGCUAAGUAAACAAUAAUGUAAAUACACUGUACAGUACAUUGAUAUGAUAUAUAUUCCACCUCAAUUGUAUGAAGUGUCCUUAAUCUUUUGACUCCUGACAGACGUCGUCGUCCUGAAAAGGAGUCGAGUUGCACAAAGUAGCUUUCAUUUCAUUUCAAGGCCUUUUCACUUCUUCCUUAAUCAGCUGAAGAACUUUGAAGAGGGUUUUAUUGCAAUUGGUAUUCUCUCUGCAGACAUAAAAGAACAGUUACUCUUUUCUCUUUCUCCUGGGUUUGCUAGCAUUUAUAAUCCGCUUUACCUCUCACACUAUCGUCGUCAUUGUGUGUCCGUCUUGCGGUUGAAAGAUGCUACAUGUGAAGAAUCGCUGCUAUUCAAACAUAACCUGCGCUAGUUUGGAUGUCCCCAAAAGCCUCAAGUAUUGUAAAUGCUCAAUGAAGGAGAGCUACAGCAGUGCUGCUCAUUUUAGCGAAAUGCUAGUAUCUCAUCACAUGGAAAAGGUCGUAAUUUUGUGACCAAGUCAUUAUAAUAACAAAUAAGUUGCAUUUUUGUGAGACUAAAGUAGGGCUGCAACUAACAACUAAUUUGAUUAAUCCGUCGAAUAUUACUUGGAUUAAUCGAUUAAUAAUCGGAUAAAACAGACAAACUGCAUUUCUAUCCUUUCCAGUAUUUUAUUGGGAAAAAAACAGCAUACUGGCACCAUACUUAUUUUGAUUAUUGUUUCUCAGCUGUUUGUACAUGUUGCAGUUUAUAAAUAAAGGUUUAUAAAAAUUACAAAUUAAAAAAAAGUAGCCUCUGCGCAUGAUCCAACGAAUCGAUGACUAAAUUAAUCGCCAACUAUUUUUAUAAUCGAUUAGUUGUUGCAGCCCUAGACUAAAGUUGUAAUAUCACAAGCUAAAAGCUUCUUUUUUCAGAAAUUGUCAUUUUGAGAAAAUUAAAGUCCAAUUACCAGACAAACUGAGACUUUUUAAAGUUGUAACUUUGCAAAAGCACAUUUGCAAAAUUACUGGUAUUUUUACGAAAAUAAACUGGUAAUAUUACAAGAUCCAUUUUCUACCGCUUGUCCCUUUCGGGGUCGCGGGGGGUGGCUGGAGCCUCUCAGCUGCAUUCGGGCGGGAGUCACCACCUCAUCAUAAUUAGGAUUCAUUCAUUCAUUAAAAUAUAAGGCCAUUAUAUUACGAGACAAAAAGUCUUAUUUUGACUAAAAUACGAUCAUAGGAGUUCUAGGAAAAAAGUUGGGGAAAAACUAACUAGAAAUUUUAGGGAAAAAGUUGGGCAAAAACUAACUAGAAAUAUUACGAGAACAAAGUAAUAAUUGGAAUUUUACAAAAAAAUAAGGUUUCAAUAAUACUAGGGAAAAGUUGAAAAUUGGCAGUACAAAACUUGCAUAAUAUUACCGGGGAAAAGUUUAGGAAAAAUUUUAGGGAAAUAAGCCUAGUUGCGAUCUUGCCAGAAUGACACCUGUCAUACAUUUGAUUUAGGAUUUUUGCGAGAAUAAGAAAAGUGUAAGAGAAAAUGGUAAUAUAGAAACAUAUUUAGGGGUGAAGUUUUGACCCAUUUCUCAUAUUACAGCCUAAAAUUGUGUUUGUAUAUGAAACAAACACUUUUUCCUUAAACUAUUUUCAUAACUUUUUUUUUCUCCCAAAAAAUACAACCUUAUUAUGUCAACAUUCAUGUUUCCUUUUCCUUAAUGACGUUACAAACCAACUUUUCUCUUGAAAUUACAGCCUU